AAUACAAAAUGAAUUUUGUUUUUUUCCUUCGAAAAUCAAUUCCAUAUCUGCAUUCGGUUGAUGAACAAUCAUCAUUAACAUUUAGUAUCAUCACUCUGUAUGAACAAUAACAAUGAAUGUCAUUCUCGAUUUAGAGAUGAACUUAUGGCAAAAAUUGAUGAAAUUCAACUAUUUUCGGAAAUUUCAUAAUCAAUUCUUUUACAUUUUCAAAUAUGAUGAAUUAAUUCAAAAACAAAUUAUUCAAAAUAAUUAUCCAAUCAAUAAGAAACCAAUUGGCAAGAUAAUGAAUCCACCACAUCAUCAUCCAAUUUUUUUCAUCCCAUCCAUAUUAGUUAUGAUUAUGGCUUUUACUUAUAUUGGACAAUUUGAAUGGGUUAAAAAUUAUCAAUUUUAUCAGACAAUGAUUAGACUAUUUCCCAGCGAAGGAUUACAUUAUCUGAUGGCUGCAUUCAUUAUAUGGACAUUAAAUGCUCUAUCGAAUGGUUUUUAUGCAUCGUCUCGAUAUUUUCAAGAUUUCUAUUUUCUAUUACCAAUACAACAUCGAAGAUACCGCGAAUUGAACACAAAAGAUUCCAAUAAAUAUACAUUGAUUAGAGAUCGUGUAUUUUCAAUGAUUCGUAUAGAAUCAUUAACCAUUUGCAUAAUGUUUCUUUUAGGUAAAAUAACAAUGACUAUUCUACAAUCAUCAUGGCAAAUAUCAAUAUUAUGGACAUUAAUCUGGUUAUUUAUCAUGCAAAUAUGGACAUUAAAUGCAAAUGCAGGUUUAUAUCAUAUUUCAUCGAUUAUAUUUAUGGCCCAAUAUUAUUUAACUUUGCGACAAAAAUCACAUGGUCGUACAUUACAACGAUUUUAUGGGCGAUUAUUACAUUAUGAACGUAAACAGAGUAAACAGAUGCGUCAAUUAUUAUUACUACAAUUGAUUGGACAUUAUUAUCAAUCAUUUGCUAUGUUACAACGUGAAAUUCAUAAUUAUAACCAACAAUUAAAACGCUAUCUAUCGGUCAUUUUCACUUUAAUAACGGUUACAAUAACAUAUUUAGUUUAUCUGAUCUUAAUGACAAAACAGAAUUUUAUAUUUCUAUUACUUUUCAUUGUGGUAACACAUUCACAUUAUGUGGCAUUAUCAAUAUUGAUCAUUGGCUGCAAUAUGAUUAAACAGAAUAACGUGAAAACAUUGCGAUUACAACGUAAAUGUUUAACAUUAUCGGCGGCAUGUGAACGGAAAUUGUUUCAUAACUAUCAUUUAUUCAAGUUUGAAACAAUAACUUCCAUCAAUUUGAAUCGACCAUCAGGUUUUCAGCUCGGAAACGGCGUGAUUAUCACAUCAUAUACAUUUGUUACAUUUCUGGUCAAUAUUAGUACAUUUUUCUUUCUUAUUUCACAGAAUUUUGGUAGAGAAUAAUGAUUUUAUUUUUUGCACUGAAAAAAAUUCAGAAAUCAAAUUUACAAUUGCAUAUAAUGACCGAAAAUAACCAUCGAUAUCAUUUAAAGUUA